AAAUUAAAAGAUUAACUAAAGGACUGAUCGAGGUCUACUAAUUAAUUUCAUUAAAUCUCAAAUACUUCGUACUUCGUAUAUAAUAAUGGAAAGUGGGAGUGGUCAAUCAAGAGCUGGCAUUUUCUUAAUUUCUAUUUUAUUGAGUAACUUAGAUUAAUGUAAAAACCGUAUAUAUUACGUAGAUAGCAUAUUAUAUCUGCGGUAUUUCAUCAAAUUUUGGGUUUUAUUUGCUCCAUUGAUAGAACUUUGACUUUUCCUUUUAAGCACCCAACGUUUCUCUACUCUUUUCUUUUUUUAGUUGCCUCCCUCUUCUACGCACAACAUAUGAAUGUUCAGAGAAAGGUAAAGAAGUUGAGCUGAGCUGAGUUGAAUGAUAUACUAAAAAUUAAUUUGUUUAUGUUGGAUCCAUAAGACUUAUUCUUUGGGAGAGAUUUGAAGAGGACGGAAUAGGGAAAAGAAUAAAGUUAGAGAUCGAUGCUGCAAAAUCAAUGGUGGCAAGCAACAACUGUUAUGAUAAUAAUAACAAUAAUCAUCAUCAGAUUAUUGUAGAGAGGAGAUCGCAGAUGAUGGGCGUAGGUGUAGGUCCUCCUUCUUUAGGGUCAACUUUGAACACCAUCACCCCUUGUGCUGCCUGCAAGCUUCUCCGCCGACGGUGUGCCGAGGAAUGUCCUUUCUCUCCUUAUUUCUCCCCUCAUGAACCUCAAAAGUUCGCUGCCGUUCAUAAAGUCUUUGGUGCUAGCAAUGUCUCCAAGUUGCUUAUGGAAGUACCGGAUAACCAAAGGGCAGACGCGGCGAAUAGUCUAGUAUACGAAGCAAACGUCAGGUUAAGAGAUCCAGUAUAUGGGUGCAUGGGUGCAAUAUCAGCUUUACAGCAACAAGUUCAAGCAAUACAUGCGGAGCUUAAUGCAGUUAGGGCUGAGAUUUUGAAGUACAAAUAUAGAGAGGCAGCUAAUACCCUCAUGUCUGCAACUAAUCCAAACAAUAAUAAUCAUCCUCAUUCUCAUCUUCAUCAUCAUCAUAAUUCUUUGGUUACUUCCGUUGCCGCCGCGGUUAUAGCUGCUACUUUACCACAAGUACAAUCACCUCCGCAUCAACAGCCGCUAUCUCAGCCCCAGCAAGACACCACACCACCUCCACGACCAGGUACACCGCCUCCUCCUUCAGCUUCCGUUGUGGUUUCGUCUUCACCAUCAGGUGCAGCUUCCUUGUAUACGCCACCACCACCACCUCCGCCUGAUCAUCAUUCUGGUACCACCAAUAAUAACGGGUUUACUUCUAUUUCAACUGAUCAUAAUAGUGUUUCAUAUUUUGAUUGAUACUUUUUUCUUCCAAUUUUCGCCUUUUCCCCCUUUACAAAACUCUAGUUUAGACUUGAGACAACUUUUCUUACCAAUUUAUUAUAUCCUUUUUUUUUUACUUAAUUAAACCUAGCUUGUUUUCUAAUUUCUAGCAUUAUUACUUUACUAGUUUAGAUUUAAUCAAAUAAGGCAAAAGAAAGUACUGAUCCUAGCUAGAACAUUUCAAUGGAAAUGUAGAUUUACAA